GGCCUACGCGCUUUUUUAAUUCUUUCUUCAUUCUUUCCACAUUUGCAAUUUGCUUUUAUUUGUGCCCAAUUUUAUUCUGCUGCUAUCACGAUGAGCUUUUGCUGUUCGAUAUCCGGUGAGACGCCCCAGGAGCCUGUUAUUUCUUCCAAAACAGGACGCGUAUACGAAAAGCGGCUGCUCCAAAAGUAUUUGAAUGAUAAUGGCAGGGAACCGCAGUCCGACCAUGGCCUUUCAGACGAGGACAUAGUUGAUGUGCACGCAGAUCCACCAGCAGUCAGACCACGGCCUCCGACGCUAACUUCGAUUCCGGCGCUUCUGUCGACAUUCCAGAACGAAUGGGAUGCGCUCGUUUUGGAAACAUUCACCCUCAAGCAGCAGUACCAGCAGGUGCGCCAGGAGCUGUCUCAGGCGCUGUAUCAAAACGAUGCUGCGUGUAGGGUGGUCGCGCGGCUGGUGAAGGAGCGCGACGAGGCCCGGCAGGCGCUAGCGACGCUUCAAGCCCAGGCCGGCACAGUUGAGGCGAACUCUACCGGUGUUUUCGCAGCAGCUGACACGUCCAAGGCUAUGGAUGUUGAUUUUGAUGUUGAUGAGGUCAAUGUUGAGACCAGAUCUGUGGCUGCCACUGCGAAUGAGGAUCUGGAUCUGGACACAGAGGAUGCAUACUAUGCAAAAGCUGCCGAGACGGCCAAGAUUCUGUCCAAGUCGCGCAUGAAGCGCGAGACGCCUGCGGGUCUAGCUUCUCCUGAGGCUUGGAAGACUGCGACCCAGACUGCACUUGUGGAGUCUCUGCAUACGUCAACAAAGCCUGGCAUCCUGACACUUUGCCUGGACAACGCCGGUGUGCUUGCACUGACAGGCGGCAUGGACAACCACGCAGAGGUUUACUCGCGUGAGGCUGACCAGACGCUGGCUACCCUCAAGGGACACACAAAGAAGGUUACAGCUGCACUUUGGGUUAACGGUGGCGGCCUCGACAAGCCCAUUAUCACUGCGUCGUCUGACAAGACCAUUCGAAUUUGGGCACCAAAGCCUAACAACACCGACGAGGGUGUUACUGUCCGCUCGAUGGGAUGGACAAAGACCCACAUUAUUAAGGCGCAUUCCGCCGAGAUUGUAGGGCUCUCGAUCCAUCCGUGCGGCCAGUACUUUGUCAGCGCGGCAGCUGAUGGCUCGUGGGCUAUCCACUCGAUGGGUGGCCAGACUAUCAUCAACGGAACAAUCGACUCUCCAAUUUCGCAGGUCGCAUUCCACCCUGAUGGGAUGUUCAUGGGAGUUGGUACUGCUGACGGCUACGCUAAAAUUGUUGACAUUAAACAGAAGCAGGUGCUAGCGGUCCUGGACGUUGCAAGCGCCGAGGAUUUCAAAUCGGUUACUGGUCUGCACUUUAGCGAAAAUGGCUACUACUUUGCCACAACGAACUCCCACGGAGUUGCUGUCUGGGAUCUGCGCAAGCAGAAGAAGGCUCAUUCGUGGACUCUCUCAGACCUCGCGCAAGAGGGCGAGGGUGAAUGCCCCGAAUCCAUUGUGUUUGCUGAUGCCCGCUUUGACAACUCUGGAAAAUACCUUGCUCUCGCUGCUGACAAAAUACACGUGUUCAAGGUCAAGGGAUGGCAUACCAUGGCCGUCUUGUCUGGAGGUGACUGUGUCAAGACCAUUGCCUGGGUUGGCGAAAACUCAGCUGAGAUUAUUGCUGCUUCUUUAGACAACUCGCUGCGCACGUUUGCACCAGUGCAGGAAUAAUCUUAUUUGUUCAAUAUAUACAAGUAUCAAAAUGG